AUGCCUAGGAAACCACGAUACAACAUUAUACGGGAACCCCCGAAAGAUGCCGGAACUAAUGCCGGAACUGAAGAGACAACGAUUGGGUCCAUGACUAGAGGAGCUCAGACAUCACGUGAGCAACCACGUGAUAGGGUUCCUCCGAUUUCGUCCUCAGCUAAUAGAGCUCUGGCAACCCGUAUCAACGGAUCGUUUCGUGCACCGCGCAUCGAUCAUAGGAUUGCGCAGUCGAGCAGUGCUGAUGAUCCUCAAACUCCCACAGAACAAUUAGAGACUCGGCAUCACGCGGAAGUGGCGGAUCAUGAAUUAGAGGAUGAGGAUUACGACCCAGAGGCAGAUGAAGUUCCGUCAUUUGAUGACCACAUUGACGACUUGUUUGCUGCCCAAGAAGUCGAACGUCAGUACCAAAACGGGAAAUGCAGAGAUACAGAUUUUUGGGAAGUUACUGUUAUUAAGGACGGUGUGAGAAAAGCUUCUAGGCUGAGUGUGAGGGAGGCUAUAGCACUCCCUUCCAAUACAAAGAUAGUACUCCUAUUUAACAAAGAGCUACAACCGAUUGGUCAGGCAGCUGGAUUAUUCAGUGGUUUCUUAGGGAGUUUGGGUGCGGAUUAUUCCCAGUUCCCCAUAUAUGCAGAAAGUUGGAAGGCUUUUGCAUGGUGGGUCUUUCAUUAUGAGAACAAUGCCGGAAGAAAAAUAAAGCACAAUAUUAUGAAGAGGAUAGGAAAGAACUGGAAGGAUACAAGGCACCACUUGUAUCAUAGGUGUUACAAAGAAAUAAGGACUUAUGAGGAAAAUCUUGAGCAUCGCCCGAAAGGAAUAGAAGAAAAUGAAUGGAAAAAGUUCAUUGACUAUCGCCAGAAGGAAGAAACAAUGAAAAAGUGUAAACAGAAUGCUUUAAAUCAGAGCAAGCAACUUUACACACAUACUGGGGGCUCCAAAACAUUGGCAAGAAAAAAAGAUGAAGUGGAGAAAGAGCAAGGAAGGUGCGUUGGUAGAGGAGAGUUGUUUAUCAUGACUCAUAAGAAAAAAGAUGGCUCGUAUAUUCAUCCCGAUGUACGUGUUGUUAGUGAAGCAAUUUCGAAUGUUGAGAGGCAGGAUGGAUCCUCUAGGCACCUUUCACAAAAUGAUUCGCUAGCACAAGUUCUCGGAAAGGAGCACCUAGGACGAGUUCGUGCCCUAGGUACUGGACCAUGUCCCACCCAAGUCUUUGGUAACAUUGCUGGACAACCGUCGAGUUCUGCAGGGCCCAAUGAAGAGUACGAGAGGAGGAUUGCGAAAUUGACGGCUAAGCUAGAAGAAGAGCAAGUGAAGAGACAGUCGAUACAUAAGGUCUUGGGAUAUCUAGUCCAACAUCAAGGAGCAUUUAGCGGCGGUUACCGCCGCAAAUUGAAAAAUAAAAUUAACUAUCCACAUAUUGCGGCGGGUAAUAACCGCCGCAAAACUCAAGUUUCAUUUCGCGGCGGUUAUUCCAGCGUGGAUGAUGGUGGUGACAAUGGUAAUGAUGGUGAGGAUGAUGGUGGAGAUGAUGGCGGCGAUGACCGAGGUGGCAAAGGACAUUAUGGUGGAGAUGAUGGUGGUAUGGGUGGUGGUUAUGGAGGAGGUGGCGGAGGCCAUGAUGGAGGACAUGAUGGUGGAACAGGUGGUGGUUAUGGAGGAGGUGAUGGCGGUGGUGGGGUGGAGGAGGUGUUGAUGGGGAUGUUGGUUAAGUGGUGGUGA